UUAUAUGCUCGACUAGUGAGUGAGUGGGUUUACUUUGUUCAGUCGUUGGGCGGAAAAUGUUCCCUUUUGAAAUAUCAGUACUAACGGCAGACUAACGGCAGACGUGGGCAGCCUCAACAGAAUUGAUCGGGUUUAACGAGCAAAUUGAAGCUGGAGAUUCACCACACCCCCUUUCGAGGAACGCCAUUUUGUUGACGCUCCAUCUAACUCAAACGAGUCUCCACCUUCAAAAUGACAGUCGGAUUCUUUGCCUUCUCAGCUAGCUUAUGCUUUUCAGUGACACAGUUUACUCAUCAUUUUGAUUUUAUAUGUAUUUAAAGACUGAUGAAACAUUUGUAACACUUGACCGCAGACGGUGACACCACAUAGCUGUUCUAUUCCAUUAUUUUUGGCUAACCACCCCAUUCAACCCGCGGCUGCAUGGAUGACAAAUGACGUCAUCAAGCCAUCUUUGUUCUCCUAAUCCAAGCGUCUGUUUAUUACACGUUCAUUAUAGUGGUGACACAGAAGACAAGCGGUAGCUCAGGUCUAAUUUUAAAAAAAGUAAUUGGCGAGGUGUGGCAUAAAACAAGCAUACCAACGGAGAAUAAGGGAACAUUUAAAAGGGGGAAUUAAACGCAACUUGGUGGUACACAUUGUCACUCCCUUCUAUAGAAAAAGCCAGAAGAGUGAAUCGACUGAGAGGGAGCAAGAGGGAGAAAGACCGCUGAAGGCAACCCACUCAACAGCCACUUAUUAGGCGAAUACAUUCAAGUCGGACUAGCGAACAUCAAUACAUCACCGUACGAAAUGUCUGCCCCAGCUGCCGCCGGCGCCCCCGCAGAAGGAGCAGCGCCCCCUCCCAACCUCACCAGCAACCGCCGCCUGCAGCAGACCCAGGCCCAGGUGGAUGAGGUAGUGGACAUCAUGCGUGUCAACGUGGACAAAGUUCUGGAGCGUGAUCAGAAGCUGUCAGAGCUGGAUGACCGGGCUGACGCCCUGCAGGCUGGAGCCUCGCAGUUUGAGACCAGUGCUGCAAAACUUAAGAAUAAGUAUUGGUGGAAGAAUGCCAAGAUGAUGAUUAUCCUGGGGCUGAUAUGUGCCAUCGUCCUCAUCAUCAUCAUCGUUUACUUCAGCACCUAAGCAGAGAGGUCCCUACCCCGGUCUGCACUCGAGACUGCCCGCUUCCUUGCAACAGAAAAUCCUUGAAGUCAACAAGAAAAUGAUCCACUGACGAUUAAUUCAUUAAAUUGCUCCCCGAAUAGUCUCAAUAUGACCCUGCACUGAACCCCCUGACCCUCUCUGCCCCCCACUUCCACCGCCUCAUCUCUGGACCCCUGUCAAUCUUCGUCCUGUGAGUCUGUGACCCCUCCUUUGUAAAUAAUUCCUGCUUUUCUAAUCUGUUGUUCAUACUCAGAACCCAACACUUGUUGUGAUUGUUACCAAUGACAACAACAGAGAAGGAAAAUGACCCUGGCGAUAAUUGUUAUAUACCAGAUAUGAAAUAUAUAUAUAGUUCUUUGUAGAGUUUUAUUCUGAUAUAAUGUUUUUGUAGGUUGUGUGUGGGUGUGCGUUUUGUAUUUUUUAAUUUUUGUAUUAAUUUUACUUAUGCUUCAGAUUUGAACUACUGCCUAUUAAUCAGAGUGUGUAUAUCUUGCACGUUCUCUCUCACUGUCUCUGGCUUUCUCUGUCUUGCUCUGACCUACACAGAGUAUAGGUGCAUCUUUGCACAGUGGAGUUAGUCUCCUUUAACCGAGGUACUUAAUCAAUAUUCCCACCCACCUUUCCCAUAUCUUGCUUCUCUCUCUCUCUGUCUUUCUCUCCUAUGCCAUUUAUAGCCAAAUUUUUCUUUCUUUCUGUCUCUCUUUGCCAUUCUCUCUUUUCCCAGUCAUAUAACUCCUCUUUUCAAACUGCCAUUAGAAUUGGACCAAUGUCUGUAGAUGUUUUUUUUUACUUACGUAUUUAGUGUCUUAUUUCGAGAACAUUCCUCCAUUGCAAUCUAGUACAAAUGCUGUCAGUGUAGCACAUGUAUGUGUAUGUAUCUUAAAAAAAAAAGAAAAUUGAUAUAUAAAGUGAUCGUAAAAAACAUAGCAGAUAUCAAUCUCACAGGCCAGAAUGAGAAAAAUAACAAUAUUUGAUUAAAAAAGAGGGCUUUCUUUUUUACUUUUUAGUUUCUUUGGUGGAUCGGCAUUUUAACCUGUUUGAUUUAUGAAUAUCCGCAACAUAAAAUUGAAUAACGUUUCUAGAAUCCUUCAGCAAGGAAAUAAAAGGGAUUCUUGCACUAAGGGAUCCAAAUGAAGAAACAGUAUAGCCUUAGUCUCUGAUCCAAACGUAUCACAUUCAUUUUACAGUCAAAAUAUUCACGCUUUAUUUUGUGUCAGGGAUGUGGGCAAGUGGCUGACUGAAAAGGGAGAGGUGGAAUGAAAUGCACAAAGAACCUUGUUUCUGACGUCGCUGUCUGGCUGGUCAACAGCCUGACCAGUCAAGAGAGAACCGUUUGCAGCCAAACCUCACCUAUUGAUCAGCACAAACACAGACAACUCAGCCUUAUUCAAAAGUGGAGGUUACAAUUAUUAAGACGGAUGAAGUUACUGGCGUAGACACAAUUGCAGAAAACCGUCUAGAGAAAGAACUAGAUCUGCUUCAUGGACAGAUUCAGAGUUGCUGUAAAAUAGAAUAUUCCAAGAAAUGUCAUGAAAAGCAGUCUGAGCAUAACCAAUACACAAAUUAGAGUGAGUGUUUAGGCAAUGCGGCGGUUCUCUCUAUUUUUCUUACAUUUUCUCCCUAGUUACUGCCUUUUUUCUUUUUUAAACAUAGUAAUAGAGUCUAUUUUAUAUAGUAUAUUUUUGUGUUUGUGUGAAGCAGACAGGCGAAGGGGAGACUGAGUUCAAACAGGACUGAGCCCCUCUCAACCUGUCCGCAUGGUGUGUGUGUUUGUGUGUGUGUGCGCAUGUGUGCGCUUGUGCGUCUUUUUGCGGUUCAGCUCUGUAAGUUAAACACUGCCAAGAAACUAGGGAGAGGCUUUUAUUUUCAUUGGUGCCCUUACUCAUUUGAUCUUAGUUGAUGGCUCUUACAUGGUAGCAUGCCAACCUGUUUCUAGUGCUUUCUAUUUGCCGGCUGCGCUAGUCUACUACAAGACUAGUGACACAGAAACUACUGGAACUGUGGAUCGGUUAGGCCACCUUAACUUGCCCUCUGUCCCCCAGAUCAGCAUACGUCCUAGAUCCAUCUAUUUGUCAUCAAUCCCCAGCCCUCCCUCAUCAGGAAGCUGCGAAUGUGUGAGUGGGUGUGGGUGUGUUGGGGAAGCUCUGCCAUCCUGGGAAUAUCCCUGGUUUAUCUUGAAUGAUUAGGCCGCUUAGAUCUCAACAGUAAGGGCAAGCUGUUUCCAUGACAACAAAAUGAGAUAAGCAGACUUGUCUGUCAGACUUGUCAGAUUUGCUCUAUUUGUGCCCAUGGAGUUGUCCUUUACUACAUGUAGGUUGGCAGACCCCCACCCCCCCACAACCCAUCACAUGUUACAAAUGCAAUCAAACACACACGUUUUCCUUUGAGCCCCCAAUCCUUCAUUCAGUUCCUCUAUCAAUCACAUAUAAAAGGAAAUGGCCUUAGCACAUUAUCUCCCUGUUUUACUUUAACUAGAGCAAAACUAAUUUUGAGAAAAAUGACCAAAGACCAGAUUGUCUUGCUUAUAUGCUGCCAACUGCCAUCAAAACAAGUAAAGGGUCAUAACAUAUUUUACCUGUGUCACUUGAGGAGCAAUCUUACAGCCCCUGUUUUUGAAAGCAUACCUUUAACCUAAAAUAAGUAAAGUCCCUUUUUAAGGCUUUCAGAUCUUAUACGAUACGUCUUGCUGCUAAGAGCUACUGACAUUAUGUGCUAUUUGAAGAUAUGCAAGAGAAACAAAACCUAAGUAAAACGUGCUUCAGCCCCCUUCCUCCACAUGACCUCUUUAACCUUUACCGAGUCUGUAGACACAUGGUCCCAUAACUUAAUAGUAGCACAACUCUUUUUGUGUGUCUCUGUAGUGCUGAUGACAAUUUCAGAACUCAACAAAAUAUGAACUUUAUCUCUAGCUGUUAAACAAAACAAACAAAACAUGUAUAAAAAAUAGUAUGUAUUGUUUGGUGUUGUAGUGUGGGGGGUAUAUUUGGGGGAAGAGGGGUCCUUUUUCCUCAGGUCAGAGAUUAUACCGUUCAUCAAAAUAUACUAGGCAAGGACAACAUGAAAGUUCUAGAAGAAUUGCAAUAAUAAAUAAUUGUAAUUCAUUUAGAAGUUGACAGAGUGCUGCCUUCAAGUUAAUACUGUCUCAUUGGGUUAGAGUGACAUGACAUCACUAGUUGGGGUAGGACUCCUGUGUUUUUCACAUAUCCAACGGUUGUCCUAAGAGUACUCACCAAUUUCAAUACAGAAAUAGAUGAAUUCAUGUAUGCGAGUGCUCUUUUUCUGUUGCUUUUUUCUCUGUAAAGACGGGUGGGCGCAACUUUUAAUGUCCUUGCACUUUUUCAGUUAUAUUCAGGGGUAAUUUGAGGGGGCUUGGAUAUGAUGUGAAGAAGAAUAUUGUGUUUUGGUCAACUCUAAGAGGUGUUUAGUGAUUUCAACUUAGGAGGGAACCUUUUUAAUCACUAAACUUUCAGGGGUUAGCUGCAAAAUCACAAUGCUCUAACCAAUACACAGGACAUUUAUUUUUAUUUUUGGACCAAAUGUUUUCUUUGUAACUUGCAAAAAGUUAGUAAUAACUUUGGUAUGAUGUCAUUGGCUUAGGUUAUAUGUACAUUGGAAUUGGUGGAAAGAUGAGAUAAAGACUUGUUCUUUAUGUUUAUUGUGUCAGGCAAGUAAUGUUACUAUAACAGAAAUUGUAUUUUUACCCUCUAGUCAAAUAUCAAGAAUGCUUAAAAUUGUGUUACGAUUCGAGCGAUUCCUUGGUCGUCAGUAUGUUUAGAUUUUCUUUUAAAUAUUUAUUUGGAGUAGGAAUAUUAUUUUGUUAUUUUUGAGAAUGGGGUUGGGAAGGUGACAGUCCACAUUACCUCUUUUCGCCUGGCCUUUCAGGAGGGAAUAGACUGAGGGAUCAUGGGUAAUAUGGUCUGUUUAGUCUUUUAAUUUAUUUAUUGAUUUAUUUAUUGUAUUUUUGAUUUGAACAGGAUUGGAUAUGAAACAAAGUGAAUAACGAUGUACCAGAGGAAACAAGUUGAAAACCAGUACAUGAAAAACAAUUGUAGUGUAAGUCAAUCAAUGUCUUAUUAUAUUGAUGAACAUCAUGGAAAUAUAUAUAUAUUGGAAAAACAAUAA